AUGAGCUCAUAUCGUACAACAGCCCUGGCAUUCGCUUCUGCGAUAUCUAAUAGACGAAUCGAUGAAGCCGCUUCAGACCUUGCCGAAGAUUUUCUCUGGAGACCUCAUCCUGAGCGAUUAGGGGGACUGGGUAGACCUGAGGGACACAGUAAGACUCAAUUUGUAGAAGCUAUCAAAGCUUUAACCAGCAUCAAAAGAUGGAAUUUCAACACUGAGAACCCAAUGAAACUUCACGGACGACCGGAACAUGUUUCUGGCAAAGUCCUCUCAGCAGAAUACGUAUACAUGAUUGAUUUUGACCAAGAAGGGAAAAUUCAAAUUUUGGACGAAUUCUUCGAUAUCGUUUAUUUACAGGACUUAGCAGCUUUAUCGUCUUAG